AUGGCCGCUCGCCCAAGGCCAAGUCUGGCCGACACCUCGUACGCAACCUCGUACGCAGACUCAAUCACAUACGCAGAGACAUACGAUGAGCUCUCGUAUGCAAGCUCGUCCGAAGGUGGUGGAUCAGCGAUGCUCUCACGUCGAGCGCCGUCCAUUCAGUCCGGCAUCUCAAGAAGGAACUUCCACGAGUACUCGAUAACGGAGCCCAGUCUGAGCCACAUCGGGCAGAAAAAGCGUUUCAAACCGGGCACCGUAGCGCUGCGUGAGAUCCGCAAGUACCAAAAAUCGACCGAUCUGCUUCUGCGCAAGCUCCCCUUUGCACGUCUGGUACGCGAGAUUGCCAACGACUUUGUCACCUCCUACGACGGCGAGUACGGCUCUGGCCUUCGGUGGCAGAGCUCGGCCAUCCUGGCGCUGCAAGAGGCGACAGAGGCAUUCCUGGUGCAUCUGUUCGAAGAUGCAAACCUCUGCGCGAUUCACGGCAAGCGCGUGACGCUCAUGAAGAAGGAUUUCCAGCUUGCACGACGCUUGCGUGGCCGAUGGGAUGGGCUGGGUGGCUACUGA